AAGCAGACGAUGUCACGAACAGCCGGUGCUGGAGUGCAGCUUGUACACUUCGUUUGUCGUGUCAUUAUUGUUCAUUAAUUUGAUAAACACAGAACUUUCAACCUUUUUUUUUAUAUCAUUAAGAUUUCGCCAUGUUUGCCAGAAGUAGCAGUCGUAUAUUCAAUGUUAUUAACAUCUCGUGCAUACAGAGUAGAAGUGCGCGAGCAUGGGUGAGGAAACCACUCGGAUCACCUAUGGCCAAAUCGAAAAUGUUCCGAAUUGCUCCAAAAAAAUUCAUACCCGCCGAUGAGAAAGCCGAAGUUAAACGCCUUUAUGACAAUUACUUUCACCAAAUGAAGUCUUUAAGGCACUAUUUUUUUGAACAGUCUCUUGAACAAGCAGAAAGUGGAGAAGUGGCACAAAUGAAACACAGAUUGGAAGAAGAAGAGCAUAUUAGAUUGAUGGAAGAAAACCGUCUGGAAAAUGAAAAAACAGCUAAGUUGAGAGAAGAGAAAUUAAAGAUCCAGGCAGAGAAAACAAGAGAAAAUAUUCUAGCUUCUUUGAUUAACAAAGAGGAAGAAACUAGACUAUAUGAAAUUCAAAUUGAAGCUUUCCUUGAGAAACAAAAGACUACCCCAUUUAUCCAAGCUGAAAAUAUUGAAAAGGCUAUAGAAGAAGCACUUGCCAACCCUGUAGACUUUAAUUUUGCCAUUGAUCUCGAUGGAUACGUAUAUAGAGGGAGAGAAACUGCGAUUGAAAAAAUACCAGAGGAAGAGCGAGAGAGACUGCGUAGCAAUUGAAUGUAUUGAAAAGUGAUUACAUACAAUAUUUAGCAUUGUA